AUGAAAUUACUAGCUGCUUGUGCAUUGCUUGUUGCAACUACUUAUGCCAAUCCUAUACCUUCCGUGAGCGAUCUCACAAAUCUCAACCAAACAAUGACACUCGAAAAGUUCAACCAGAUUUGCACUAUUAUGAAAGAGAUGUUCGUUAGUAAAGGCUAUUUCCCUGCUUGGGCAGUUGAUCCAAUUUGUAGCUUGGACGAUGAAACUAAGAAUGCUCUGGUAAAAUUCACGAACGAUUUCCAUGCCGGAAAACUACCGAAGCCAACUUCCAAUGAUGAACUUGUCAAAAUGAUGACAGAGGCUACACAAAAAGGAGGUGAUGUUGUCAAGAGCAUCCGCGACACGUUCUAUGCUAAGCGUGAUACCCUACCCCAGCGUCUCAUUGAUUUACAAAAGAAAUGGGAAAAGAUAUCUUUCGCUUCCGCAGAUGCAGACCGACUCACCUGGUGUACAAAUCUUGCUGCUCAUGCUAAGGAAUACGUAAAGGAUAUUGAUAGUCUUACUGAGAGCGAAUGGGCUGCGAUUGACAAAGUAUUCCCAGAAUUUGUAAAAAUGCACAAAAGCGAUGCUGCCGUUCUCUUCAGAAACCUCAUCAAGGAUAUGAAAGACGAGGACCUUGCUAAUAAGGAAAAAGUGAAAAAUCUUAUGCAGAUGACUGCUGGUAGUUUCAUUGGAAAAACUGCCGCAUAA